AUGCCUGGAUCUAUUCCGCAUCGAUCAAGGUAUGCGCCGUUGCGGCGGGACACUGCCUCAAGCUCCACGCCGUCCCGCCUCCGGUCUGCAUACCUCGAUGCGCGAGCCUACCUCGACCGCACAUGGCAGGCGUUCCUCGCGCUGCCUCCAGGCCAGCGCUACAUCAUCUACCUCGCUGUCGGCAUCAAGGCGCUGAUCUUUGCCGUCGUCGUCUACAUUGGACCCGAGGCCAUGUUCGACGCCACCGCCAAGCUCGCCAUCUGGUUUGGCGCACAGCCGCUCGGAGCGGCGCUGCUCAUCGCCCUUGUGGUGGCCGUCAGCUUCCCGCCACUCGUCGGCUACGGCACCUGCAUCACCCUCUUUGGUCUCGGCUGGGGCGUCCAAGCCGAUGCGACCGCGGAACACCCAAAGCUCAACGGCAAUCUGUGGCAUGCGUGGCUCCUAGCCUCGACUGCGUGUCUUCUUGGCGCCACCGUCUCGUUUGGCGUGCUGCGCUUUCUGAUCGUGCACCACAGCAAGCGCGUGGCGUGGAUCAGCUCGGCGCUCAAUGACCCAAAAUUCGUGGCGCUCUCGACGGCGGUGCGGCGCCGCGGACUGUCCAUGGCCAUCCUGAUCCGCUUCUGCCCGUUCCCCUUUGCAUACUCGAACCUCUUCUUCGCCAGCCUCGUCGACGCCGUCUCGCUCGGCCACUUUCUCGCGGCUACGGCGCUGAUCACGCCCAAGUUGCUGCUGCACGUGUGGAUCGGAACGAGGAUGUUCGUGCUCAUGGACAGGGAGCAGCGCGCCCAUCUCGACGGAUGGGCAAAGGCACUCAAUGUGCUCUACAUCAUCAUCGGGUCUGCAGUGGGGGCGGCGACAGGAUGGAUUGUCUGGUCAGAGACCAAAAAGGUGCUGCAUGCAAUCGAGCAGGAAGCACAGGUGCAGGAGGGUCAAGAGCAGACUUCCCGCCGCGCGCGCAGUUCUCGACAGACGCAGUACCGCGACAGCUCGCCAGACCUAAGCGCGGGAGAGGCUGGCACACCUUUUGUCCUCGACGUAGAAGGCAGUGCCGAGUCGGAUUCUGACGCUGACGAGGUCGGUCGCGGCUUGCCUGCGCGCGGCCGUGCAAGCAAGGACAAGCAGAGCCUCCUUCCGCGCUAA